GUCCCAAGCUCGUGGGUGGGGGUUGGGGGACUCCUCUCUUUUUUUUCCCAGUACCUCCCUGCACACCCCCAGCUGUCCCGGGUGCCUAGUCUUCUCUCUUCUUUCGGGUUUGAGAUGAGUGGGUGGCUGCGCAGGCGGAGGACGUUAGGGUUUGGGGGGCUCCCCCAUUCUAGGUCAUGUCUCCUGCCCUCUUCCUUGGUCUGCGUUGGCUGAGGUGUUCCUGUGGUGCGCAGAAGUCGGUACGACGGCUAGUGGCCUUGGUCUUUAAUCUUUUGGGUCUGUUUUAAGAAAAAUUGCUAGGAGUUAGGGAGACAAGAAUUUCCAUUUGUUGGAUUUCUUCUGGGUUUUCUCUCAAGAAGGAAGUGGGAGAAGAAUCUUUUCCCCCUUCCUCCAUUUGCAUUCUUUGUGAAGUCUGUCUGCCUUGUGCUUUUUGUCCCGGAUUAGUCUUGUUCUAGGAUGGAGAUUCCCCGGUACGGAGUCUGUAGCUUUUGGCUUUCCAUUAAGCCAAUCCGCUUUCCUAUUAGAGGAAGUUAAUUUUUGCCCACAGUCAUUUCAGAAAAAUAGCAUACACUGACUAGAUGAAUUAAUGCAUUUAAAAUUAUAACUGAGUUACAAACCAUAGGUAUGUUAACACGCGUCUGAUUUUUUGGGAUAGAACUUUUUUUAAUUAGGAAAUGAAGUAAUGGAUUAUUUUAGUCAAAAUGGCUUAACUGAGAAAACCUCUGGUACUGAUCUCUGGGUAAACUCUGCUUACGGUACUGUUUAUAGAGUUUAAGAGUACCCCUCCCCUUUUUGAGGGAUGUUAUUGCUUCAUUUACCCACCUUUCAAAUUGCUUUCUUUACUUAAAUGAAGGUUCUUCAAGUUAACUGAUGUUAGAUUUAAAGGAAUCACUGAAACGUCACCUUUGGUAAAGUGAACUUAGUUUAACAUUAAGAAAUUGGUUUCAAACUGACCCUUUGGCAUCUGGAGCAAAUUCAAAUAUAACUCUCCCCCACCCCCCUUCUCUUCUUCCAGAUUAAUUGAAAGAAGAAUGAGCUGUAAUCCUUGAAGCUAAUCAGCCAGUUUUUAAGUAUCAUUUUUUGAUUGUAGAUGUUCAAGUAGAGUCAGAGGCUCUUACUGUUGUGAAGAUUUAUACAAGCCUUUAAUUUGUCAGCACAGACCAGCAGACUUUUUUUUUUAUAGGGGAUACAUUUUUCCUCCUUUUUUGGCGUCUUUGGUGGCGAAAAUUAAAUUUGGCUGCAUCAUUUUGACUCUUCUUUUUCUGACACAAGUAAUGGCAUAAACUGUUCACAGGUUUUACUGAAAAAGAAUUGAACCUGGACGGCUUGAAUUGAGAGAAUUGAUAGCUUACUUUAGUACAUAUAUCUGAAGAAUUUGAGCAAAAAGACUUUCUCAUUGUUGUGUCUCUUAAAAAAAUUACCUUAUUAGAGGUAAAACAGAGAUUUAUACAUUUGCAGUGAAAUUAUAUUAGAGUUUAAGCAGAACCAAAACAAAGUUGCCAAACCACUUGAAUAAGGAUCUCUCUCUGGAAAUUGAAAUUUUCUGUGACAGUAAGUUACCAUAAGUAUUUGUGUACCUUAUUUUUCUCUCUUCAAAUAAGUGACUAAAUAAACAUGCAAAUCUCCGACUUAAUUUUUUAAAACAAUAGUUGAACUAUGGAAAACCUGCAGACAAGUUUCACCAUGGUUCAGUGCUCAAGUAAAAAACUGAAGGGGAUGGGAGAUGAUGGCAGCCCUCCAGUGAAAAAAAUGAUGACAGACAUUCAUGCAAAUGGAAAAAUGUUGAUAAACAAGGUGCCAACGGUAAAGAAGGAACACUUGGAUGACUAUGGAGAAGCGCCAAUGGAGACUGAUGGAGAACAUGUCAAGCGAACCUGUGCCUCUGUGCCUGAACCUUUAAAUUUAAAUCCCAGUUUGAAACACACAUUGGCACAAUUCCAUUUAAGUAGUCAGAGCUCUCUGGGUGGACCAGCAGCGUUUUCUGCUCGGUAUUCCCAAGAAAGCAUGUCACCUACUGUAUUUCUGCCUCUUCCGUCUCCUCAGGUUCUUCCUGGCCCACUGCUCAUCCCUUCCGAUAGCUCCACAGAACUUACCCAGACUGUGUUGGAGGGGGAGUCCAUCUCUUGUUUUCAAGUUGGAGGAGAAAAGAGACUCUGUUUGCCCCAAGUCUUAAAUUCUGUGCUCCGAGAAUUUUCACUCCAGCAAAUAAAUACAGUGUGUGAUGAAUUGUACAUAUAUUGUUCAAGGUGUACUUCAGACCAGCUUCAUAUCUUAAAGGUCUUGGGAAUACUUCCAUUCAAUGCCCCAUCCUGUGGCUUGAUCACAUUAACUGAUGCACAGAGACUAUGUAACGCGUUAUUGCGGCCACGCACUUUUCCUCAAAAUGGUAGUCUGCUUCCUGCUAAAAACUCAUUGGCCCAGUUAAAGGAAACUGGCAGUGCCUUUGAAGUGGAACAUGAAUGCUUAGGCAAAUGUCAGGGCCUCUUUGCACCCCAGUUUUAUGUUCAGCCUGAUGCUCCGUGUAUUCAGUGUCUGGAAUGCUGUGGAAUGUUUGCGCCCCAAACAUUUGUGAUGCAUUCUCACAGAUCACCUGACAAAAGGACUUGCCACUGGGGCUUUGAAUCAGCUAAAUGGCAUUGCUAUCUUCAUGUGAACCAAAAAUACUUAGGAACACCUGAAGAAAAGAAACUGAAGAUAAUUUUAGAAGAAAUGAAGGAGAAAUUUAGCGUGAGAAAUGGACAGAGAACUCAGUCCAAGGCAAAUACAUCAUCAGGAGUGGAAUUGCAGUCAUGGUAUCCUGUUAUAAAACAGGAAGGUGACCAUGUUUCUCAGACACAUUCAUUUUUACACCCCAGCUACUACUUAUACAUGUGUGAUAAAGUAGUUGCCCCAAAUGUGUCUCUUACUUCUGCUGUGUCCCAGUGUAAAGAGGUCACAAAGACAGAGGUGUGCAAGUCCAUGCCAAGACAGCCAGAGAAGCCUUACAGCACUGGCAGACAUCAAAAGCCAGUGUCCUACCCAGAUGUCUCACUUGAGGAACAGGAGAAACUGGAUUUAAAAACAAAUAGAGAAUUAUGUAGCCGUUUUGAGCCGUUACUCUCAAAUAAUUCGACAAGUGAAAAGAAACCCGAGUCUGCCACUAGCAACUUAGUCAGAGACACAAGCAAGGCGGGGAUUCGUUGUGAUGCUGCAGCUUCGUCUCCGCUUCUGGCCAGAGAUGUCGUCUGUGAGGAUGAUAAGGGGAAAAUCAUGGAAGAAGUAAUGAGAACUUAUGCAAAACAGCAGGAAAAGCUGAACUCAAUUCUGCAGAAGAAGCAACAACUUCAGAUGGAAGUGGAAAUGUUGAGCAGUUCAAAAGCUAUGAAGGAGCUCACUGAAGAACAGCAGAAUUUACAGAAGGAGCUUGAAUCUUUGCAGAACGAACAUGCUCAAAGAAUGGAAGAAUUUUAUGUUGAACAGAAAGACUUAGAGAAAAAAUUAGAGCAGGUAAUGAAGCAGAAAUGUACCUGUGACUCAAAUUUAGAAAAAGAUAAAGAGGCUGAAUACGCAGCACAGCUGGCGGAGCUGAGAGAGAGAUUGGACCACGCGGAGGCUGACAGACAAGAACUCCAAGACGAACUCAGACAGGAACGGGAGGCAAGGCAGAAGUUAGAAAUGAUGAUAAAAGAGCUAAAGCUGCAAAUUUUGAAAUCCUCAAAGACUGCUAAAGAAUAGAAAACUUUAAAGAGAUUAGUCUGUGUACUAUUACCAAAAACAAAAAACUCCUAACAGGGUUUUUUGUUUUUGGUAAUAGAAUUGUGAACAACUUAUAUGUAUGAAGAUAACAAGGCAUUCUGUUCAUUUGUAGAUCAGAGAAAGUGAAAGAUUAUAUAUUAGUAUAUAAAUUUUUACAUUUUCCAAAUGAAUGAAAAUGUAUGUUUCUUUGUACCUUUUUUUUUCAACCAACUUAAUAACGAUACUAUAUGGUUUCAACUAGUAGAUAAGCUGCCUAUAUUUCUAAUGCAAAUUUUACAGUUGAAUACUUUUUUAAAGCUGCGUUGUGUGAUGGCAAAUGGCUGUGGUCAAUUUUGUUAUCCAUAUUUCAGACUCAGUUUUAGAUACAAUGAUGACUUCAUAUUUCACAUGUAUAGAGCUACUCAAGAGGAAGUUGAAUCUCUCUUUCUUUUUUUUUUUUUUCAGGAACACAGUCUCCUUUCUAAGUUGAUAUAGUAUGUUCAUUAUUAUACACAGAAUAUUGCUUUCGUUUUGUACAGAUUGUGGGAUGAAUUUCCACCAGUUCUCUCAAUGUCUCCUACUAAGACAUUUUGCGCAAAGAAGAAUUUCAUUGAUGAGGCUAAAGCGUACCCUGUAGGUAUACCAGGGAAGGAUAACGUGCUUUGUUAUGCGCUGCUGCUAAGAACAAGCAGCUGUAAUUUGUUUUUCAGUUUAAAUGUGAUUAUAGUUCAAAAAAAAAUUUUUUUUCAGCAACUUCAGAAGAGGGAAUAAAAAGUAAUACUUUCUGAACUUUUGUUUGUUGUUAAUAAUAGUGUGAAAAUAUUAAUGUUCUUGAGAAAAACCGAUGUCGUUGGUGUGCGUUUAUUUCUGUGGAACUCCUGAUUCUCCUGUACAGUUUUAUAUGUAGCUCUGGGUCCUCCUGAAACUUCCAUAAUGGAUUUGUUUGCCUUUAAAUUGUAAAAUAUUAAACACCUUGAAGGUUAUUUUGGACUUUUGUAUGUAUAAAUGUUGUCUUAACCAAAAUUUGCACGAAUGGACCAUUUUCAAUUACUACUUACUAUUAAAAUCAGGAAUUGACAGUCAACUGUAUGAUAGGUUAAUAUAGGAAAGUUUAGUUACUGCUAUUAAAAUGUUUUUAGAUAAUAUUUAGAAGAUAAAGGAAUUCCAUAGUUUGGGGAAGGGGGAACAUCUUCUGCACUUUUUUUUUUUUUGCACAGAAAAGUCUUAUUCUUUCAUGGCAAAUUUCAUAUUGGUUGAUUCUUAGUUUAAAAGGUAUUAGGUAAAAUUCUUAAUAUGACUUUUUUUAAAAGGACAUUUCCUGAAACUACCAUUCAUUGACAUGUAUUACCCCUUGAAUUUGUGUUUUCUCAUGUUUUCUUGUAAGGUACUGUGUGAAAUUACUUAAGAGAGGUAAAUUUAUUUUUAAAAUAAUUAGCUAGGGUUAAGGUUAUAUACUGUUCCCAGGGUAGAAGGUAGAUGCUCUGCUGGUAUAGAACUUCAAAGUCACUAGGUUAUCAUUUAUUUAAUCAGUUAUUUUCAUAUUUUGCCUAAUGGUACUCACAAAAAUAAUUUUUGUCCUUUCCAAAGUGUAGUUUCUUCAGUAAAUAGAGCAUGCUCUAAGUAUGUGUUUUCUAUUUCUCAUUUAAAUUUUAGUAUAUUCACCCUGUAGCUAAUUCAUUGAUUCUUGGAAUCUCCUUGAGAAGAAACAAAUGUUAAAAUGACAUAUAGGAACAAUUGUCAAAAAAUGACAUGCUCCCUCAAUACCUUUUAUUUAGAUCUGGGAAAGAAAAAUCACAAAGACACUUAAGAUACAGUUUUAUUUUAGUUGUGAAUUAGUUAAGUGUCACAGCUUACCUUUUUGGAAGGCAAACUCAGGCCCAUAUAUUUUCAUUUAUUUUUCUAAUCCACUCGACCUUUUUUUUGCGUUUACUUAGUAAAUCAUAAGCUUACUUAACCCUCAACCCAAAACUUCUAAAAUAAACCAUUUAAUCUUCAAAAUAUGUUAUUUUAAAAUUCUAAAUGGUGCUUACACACCAUUAAAUUAUUAUAAAAUUGUAGUUUAGAAUUGAGUAAAGAUAUUUUUUCUAGUCCUUUACGUAAUGAAAACUUGCCACAUGACAUAGUAUAGUCUUCAUUUUACAGAAGAUACAUUGAUGUGCCAUAGGUUUCUGUCUUAACUUCUUUGAAAGUAGUUUUCUAGUCAAUUGUAAAUAUUAUACCUGUUCUAGUUAAAAGUAAUUUUAUGUUAAACUGCACCACAUAGCUUGAAAACAGUAUAGCAACUUUGUAAUACUUUGAAAGUGGCCUCCACUAAAAUAUCUUACCCAUAUAAAUUUACUAUAUUCUUUGCAUGCUCAUUUGUGUGUUGGUUGCUAGCUUAAAGUUUGUUUUGACGUAGUUUUUGUGUGCCAAAUUUAUUAGGAAACAAAUAUUUUCCUCAGACUUUGUAGUGUUAUUCUUUGAAGGAAAAAUUUGAAAAUGUUGACUUUAAAAAGCUGCGUUAAAUCAAUGGCCUAUUAAAAGUUAAGCUAGAGCAUCUUUAGAAGGAUGAAAAAUUAAAAUAUUACCUUCCUGGGUGAUAGGUCAUGUUUAAUUUUGGUGAUGACAGUUUCUUAAAUUUAUGAGAAAAAAUAGCACCAAAUUUAUAAAAGUAGAAAUGUUAAACCUCCUGCUGUCAUUGGAGAAGCUCUAGAUCACCCUAAUUUCACAAAUGCAGCUUGUAACACUAGAAAAGGAUUUGACCAACAACCUGUUUGGCUUGUACUGGAGUUUUUAUAAAGCAUAUUCUUUUGCUUGGAUUUCUGUGUACAUGAGAGUUAGGAUGUUUUAUGCUUCUUGAGCUAAUUUUAUAACAUAUUUAAUAUAUUAAUAGUUUAGAUGUAAAAUCAUUUGUACAUAUUGAACUUAUAAAACAGUUACUAAAGUAGAUAAAAUAGAGCCAGUAAAAUAUUUGUAGGUUAUCCGUGUAUUUUAGAAGUCAUGACAGAACAGCCAGUUUAUUUGCACAUCUGUGGCUUCAGUUUUAAGAAAAGUAAAAUGAUGAGCAAACUCAAGUGAUAAGAAAUGUGCUCAAAAUAUUCCCCUAGAAUUAAUUGCAGAGAGCUGGUGCUGAAGGUUUUCAAUCAGCUUCUAAAAUUUUCUUCUCAAAAAUAAUAUUUAUGUUUUGAUUACUUAGGGAAGAAUUCUUCACUUUUAUUUGCUCUUUAUGCAUUUAUUCCACGUUAAAAAUUGAUAUGCUGAAAAGUUGUGCUCAUACUGUACAUCUGUUUCUGUUCUUGGAACUACUUGUUAAUAGUUUUUAUUGAAGCUGUCAGCAAUAAGGGACACAUAACUGCUGCAUUAUACGUUGUGGAAGCGAAUAAACAGCUUAACAUUUUUUUUUCUAGUAUAGCAUUUCCACUAUUGGAAGAAAAUUGUAUGAGUAUUUUAUAUGGCAUCUUGUAUAAAAGGACAGUCUUUUUUUUUUUUUUU